AUGAGGGUGCCGGCCCCAGGGAAGGCCGCUGGGGAGGCUCCGGCGGCAGCGGCGUCUGCGGCGGCCCCGGGCGAGGCCGGCGGAGGAGGCAGGACGGCGUCCGCGGCCUCUGCGCCCGGCGCCCCAGCACCCUCAAACGCAUCGGGCGGCGGCAGCAAGGGCUCUGGAAGUGGGGCCCCCAAGAAGGCGAGCUCGGGGCUGCGUCGGCCAGAGAAGCCGCCCUACUCGUACAUCGCGCUCAUCGUCAUGGCCAUCCAGAGCUCGCCCAGCAAGCGCCUGACGCUCAGUGAGAUCUACCAGUUCCUGCAAGCACGCUUCCCCUUCUUCCGCGGCGCCUACCAGGGCUGGAAGAACUCGGUGCGCCACAACCUCUCACUCAACGAGUGCUUCAUCAAGUUGCCCAAGGGCCUCGGGAGGCCUGGCAAGGGCCACUACUGGACCAUCGACCCGGCCAGUGAGUUCAUGUUCGAGGAGGGCUCGUUCCGUCGCCGGCCGCGCGGCUUCAGGAGGAAGUGCCAGGCGCUCAAGCCCAUGUACCACCGUGUGGUGGGCGGCCUAGGCUUCGGGGCCUCGCUGCUGCCCCAGGGCUUCGACUUCCAGGCGCCCCCGGCUGCGCCGCUCGGCUGUCACGGCCAGGGCGGCUACGGAGGCCUGGACAUGAUGCCCGCGGGCUAUGACACCAGCGCGGGCGCCCCGGGCCACGCGCAUCCGCAUCACCACCACCAUCACCACGUCCCGCACAUGUCGCCCAACCCGGGCUCCACCUAUAUGGCCAGUUGCCCUGUGCCCGCGGGGCCUGGGGGCGUCGGCGCGGCUGGGGGCGGGGGCGGCGGCGGGGACUACGGGCCGGACAGCAGCAGCAGCCCGGUGCCCUCGUCCCCGGCCCUGGCGAGCGCCAUCGAGUGCCACUCGCCUUACACGAGCUCUGCAGCGCACUGGAGCUCGCCGGGUGCUUCUCCUUACCUCAAGCAGCCGCCCGCCCUGACGCCGAGCAGCAACUCUGCGGCCUCCGCGGGCCUGCACUCCAGCAUGUCCUCUUACUCGCUGGAGCCGAGCUACCUGCACCAGAACACCCGCGAGGACCUCUCAGUGGGACUGCCUCGAUACCAGCACCACUCGACACCCGUGUGUGACAGAAAAGACUUCGUCCUCAAUUUUAAUGGCAUUUCUUCUUUCCACCCCUCAGCUAGUGGGUCAUAUUAUCACCACCACCACCAUCAGAGUGUCUGUCAGGACAUUAAGCCCUGUGUCAUGUGA